CCGACGAAUCCUCCAUCCCGCGCAGCAUCUCCUCCCUCCCUCCCUCCGCUCCGUCCGCGUCGCCAAACCCUAGUAGUACGUUGUACAGGACAAUGGGGCCACAGCCACCGCUUCACCUUCCCGCCGCCAACGGCGACAGCAUCGUCGACCGCGACGUUUGGCUCGCCUGCGCCGUCCCGCUCUCCCGCCUCCCCGCCGUCGGUGCCGAGGUCUACUACUUCCCGCACGGCCACGCCGAGCAGUGCCCCGCGCAUCUCCCGGCGCCGCUCCCGGCGCCGCACCUCUUCCCUUGCACCGUCGCCGGCGUCAGCCUUGGCGCGGACGACGAGACCAACGAGGUGUUCGCCAAAAUCUCCCUCAGCCCAGGCCCCCACCGCGGGCCCGCCGCCGCUUGUCGUACCGACCCCACCAGCGACUGCCCGCCGCAGGAGCUCAGUUACUUCACCAAGGAGCUCACGCAGAGCGACGCCAACAACGGCGGCGGAUUCUCCGUCCCGCGCUACUGCGCCGACCACAUCUUCCCCACGCUCGACUUCGACGCCAACCCGCCCGUGCAGAAGCUUUUCAUGCGCGACACCAGGGGCAACCCGUGGCAGUUCCGCCACAUCUACCGCGGCACGCCACGCCGCCACCUGCUUACCACCGGCUGGAGCAGGUUCGUCAACGCCAAGCUGCUCGUCGCGGGGGACAUCGUCGUCUUCAUGCGCCGCCACAACGGCGACCUCAUCGUCGGCCUGCGCCGCACGCCCAGGUACCCGCUCGUCUUCCCCAGGGUCGGGUCCGGAGCCGGGGUCGACCCGGACCAGCCCCCGCCCCGCAACGCGCGCGCGCGGGUACCGCCCCAGGACGUCAUUGAGGCCGCACGCCUCGCCGCGGAGGGCAGGUCCUUCGCGGUCACCUACUUCCCGAGACAGGCCGCCGGGGAGUUCAUCGUCCCGCGCGACGAGGUGGAGGGCGUGCUCGCCACCCGCUGGGAGCCAGGCGCGCAGGUGCGUAUGCAGGUCAUGGAGGCCGAGGACACGCGGCGCACCGUGUGGGCCGACGGCCACGUCAAGUCGCUCCACCAAAACAUCUGGCGAGCGCUCGAGAUCGACUGGGAUGAUUCCUCUCCAUUAUCACCAAAUCUGAGCAGAUUUGUGAAUGCUUGGCAAGUCGAGCUUGUUACACACCCUCCUCUUCCAAAUGGAGCGAGGAUCUGCAACCCAAUUGCGUCUCUUUGCCAUGGAGAUGUCUCUUAUCCACUGAUCGGAUCGGAAAUCCAGGGGCCACCAAUUCCUGCUAGCAUGCAGGGAGCCAGGCACACCGGCCCUUGUGCUGCGCCCUCUGAAUCUUCUGCAGUGCUCACGAAUCGGGUACUGUUCCCCCUGCUCAACCCGGACCUCCAGAUGCCACCGUUUACAAGCCCCAGUGAUUCCUCUGAGAUUCUGGAUCCUGAAUCUGCUUCUCCUCCCAACAAAUCAGUAAGGUUGCCUCCAGCAGAGCUUCCAGUCCAAGUGAAGAGCAUACAGCUCUUUGGCGCCACAAUCAUGGUCCAUGUUGUGCGAAGUGUUGCCUGUGGUGGUUGUUGUGAAGAACUGAAUGGAGCUCCUAGUGGUGAUGCUACGGCUGAUGGCAGUGUCGGAAAAGAUGUCUAAACCAUGCACCUGUACUUGAAGAUGCCUUUUAAGUCUGGGAGUGUGGGUUUCUACUACCAAAGUACAAGUGUUGGUGCAUGCAGAGUUUAUCUGUAGCUACAUUUAGUAGGCUGUGGGGGGAGUAUUACCGUUGCAAGUUGCAACCCAUGGCUGUAGUUUAGUUAACAGAACACUUCAUAUUGUUGGUUGGUUGAUUCAAUUCUGGGAGUUUGGUCGUAUCACUUUCUUCUGCUCUGCUGUUGCAAUUGCAUUGCGCGCAACUAUAUGUGGGUUUAAUUUGGUAAUGAUAUGGGUCAAUGACCCUUCCCCCGCU